AUGCCACCAGAUCCGCGUAUUGUUACUGCUGAAGUGGCUUCAAAGGAUUCUGGUGAGCAAUCCAAGGGAUUUGGACCUGAUGGACCAAUGGCUAUACAAUCAACAGAUUAUGAGGGGAUGUUGAAUAAUUUGCAGGAUUGGGAACUGUCUCUUAAGAACAAAGAUAAGAAACUUAAAUCCCAAAUUCUUGACAAGAAGACAUUGGACUUUCAUGCACAGAGACAUAAUGUGAACAAUGCUAGUCAACAGUCUAGCACAGCAAAACAAUAUGAUUACUUGGGAAGCAAUGAUACAAUCCAUAAUUUGUCUAGCGGUUUCAUGAAGGAAGAGAGUUCUAUUGAUGCUGUUUCCGAGAAGGAGUUGGUAUGGUUUAUUUUGAAUAUGUGA